AGCACGAGACAUUUCUUCCCAGUCAUGAGGAGUACCCCGGCCCCUCUCCUGCCCAGCACGAGCCCUUCCCUCCAAGCCAAGGGGAACGUGGCUGGGGAGGUAGUUUCCUGCGCAGGGGCAGAGCAAGGAGCCCCCAGGCCACUCCCCAGAAGCAGGCGCAUCGCCCCGACUGGGUGCCGUUUCUGGCCAAGUCCCCAGGUGGGGCCAGGAUGUCAGGGCGGGAGGCCAAACGGCAGCGAGACCGAGAGAGCGCGGUACCCAGGGCCGCAGGGAAAGCUCUCACGUCUCUGGCUGGGAGACCCCCGGUGCGGGUCAGUCCUGGAGCCCUGCGUGUGCCCGGAAGGAUCGAAUUGGCCGAAGCGGAGACCCCCUUCCUCCAGAGCGACGUCAGGGCGAGUCUCGAGCGGCACGUCCAGGUGAAGAGGCUGCAGCACGCCCUGGGGCUGCCCUGCACCCUGCAGAGCACUUUGAAGAUCUUCAUGCCCCCAGCACCGAAACCCACCGCACGCAGACCCUCGGGGGCAGGCAGCGUGGUGACGAUACCACAGGCCCUGCCCUUCCUGAGCGUCGGUUCCAGGAUGGAGCUGGAGCGGCAUCUGCAAAGGAUGGUGCAUCUGAAGAGAUGGGGGAUGCCCAGAAGGAUCCAGGAGUCCUUGAGGCUGCUGAUGCCAGCCACAUCUCCACACCCCCAGCUCGGCCCCCGCCCAUCCGAGAGAUGGGCUCCAAAGGGGCCAGGCCCACCCCCUCCCACCUCCUUGUCCGGCCACUACACACCAUCCCGCAUCAGCUGGGAGCCGGAGCAGAACAUCGCACGGAGCCAGCAGGAGCAGUUCCUGCACAGCUGGGGGCUAGCUCAGACCACAGGCCACAAAGCCCCCCUGGCCCGUCACCGGCUCUGCCCUCUGCUCAGCUGCAAGGCGGGCAGUGUGGAACUCGACGUGAGGCACAAACACAUCCAGUACUUCAGGGCUCUCCCCACCCUGUACGCGGAGUCCCUGGCCAAGAUGGAGCCCGGCCCGCCCAUGCCACACGCCCCCCUGCUGCCCCACGGCACGGCCAUCGAGUUCUGCCCCGUGGAGACUCCCUUCGUAGCCCCUGAGGGCCGGGAGCUGCUGGAGAGGCAUGUCCUGAGGAAGCGGCUGCAGCACGAAUGGGGCCUGCCAGGCCUGGUGCGGCGAUCACUGAGGUGUUUCAUGCCACCCCCGCCCACACGCCCCAGGCCCAAGGGGAGAGUCCGGCUGGCAGCCAUGGAGCUCCGUGUCAGCAGCGGGGCCCCUCCCAUCCCUCUGGCCACCAAGAGGGAUCUUGAAGCCCACAUCCGGCGGAGGGUGGCCGAGAGGAGGUGGGGGCUCCCCAGGAGGGUGCGGGAGUCCCUGCGGGGCUUCAUGCCCCCCACGACCGCAGCUCCGGGGACACAUCCAGACACGCGAGGCAGAAGGGCCAGCCAACCUCUCUGGGAGCUGUCAGCGAGAAGGGCUCCAAGGGAAUCACCCUCCAGGGGGGCACCCGUGGGCCCCGCAGCGGUGGCUGUCUCCUUAGCCGGGCCCAUGGGAACCGCGUGGAGCCAGCAGCUCAGCCGGGACACGUGCCACCAGCUGCUGGAGAGACAUGUGACCAGGAAAAACAUAGAGAUCCGCCUGGGCCUGAUCCCCCGCAGGGCCCAACACUCGCAGGAAGCCGCCCGCCAGGCGGGAAAGCUCCCCUUGCCCAGGCUGAUUCGGCCGGGCCAGAGAUCCCUGGAGCAGCGGCCCCGGGAGCUGUUCUUCCUGGAGCAGGCGACGUCGGAUCACCUGGAGCUCAACCUUCUCCACAAGCACCUGAGCUUCAGGUGGGGGCUGCCCACGCUCUACCGACAGUCCCUGGCCAAGCUGUUCCACGCAGGCCCCUCGUCCGCCCUGCUGCCCUCCAGCUCCCGCGCAGCUGGGACCGAGUUCACGGCGCAGGAGCUGCCCUUCCUCCCACCGGGAGCCCGGGAGGAGCUGGAGCUGCACGUCAGGACGAAGAGGCUGCAGCACGAGUGGGGGCUGCCUCUCAUCGUCCAGAAAUCCAUGCGGGGCCUGAUGGCGGCUCCCCCCCGCCCCGGCCAGCCCAAGGCCCCUCCGCCGGCCGACGGGGACGUGGCCGUUAUCCAGGCCGAGCUGUCCUUCCUCAGCGAGGGCAGCAGACGAGAGCUGGAGCUCAGCCUCCGCAAGAGACUCAUGCAGCGGCGCUGGGGGCUGCCCAGGAGGAUCCAGGAGUCGGUGCGGCUGCUCCAACCUACCUCAGCGCGCGCGGAGCUUGAGCCACACGGCCCCGCGGAAAAGGAUGCAGAGGGGCCUUUCCUGCUGCCCUGGCACAAGAGCACCGUGCACCUGGAGCGGGGAGUGGGGAAAGCCAGGAGAGUGGUCGCUGCUCCCCGCCCGCGGCUCAGCCUGGGACGUGAUGCUCAGGAGCGGCUGCAGCUCCACGUGACAAAGAAAUGUGUGGAGACCCGGCUGGGGGCCAUCCCCGCUGCAGUGAGACGCUCCUGCGAAAGGCUGCAUCUUGUGUCCCGGCUGCCCCUCCCCAAGCUGAUCCCUGCUGGGGACAGGGCCCUGAAAGCCAGGAACCCCCUGCUUCCCUUCGUGCACCCGGAGGACAUCUGCCACCUAGAGCUGAAUGUGCAGCACAAACAUCUCACGGCCCUGUGGGGCCUGGGCACUAUCUACACCCAGUCCCUCAGCAGGAUGGUUCCCAGGGCGCCCCGUGCGCCGGUUCCACCCCAUGAGCCUGAAGUCGAGUUCCGGGUGCGGGAGGCUCUGUUCCUGGGCCCGGAGGCCAGAGAGGUCCUGGAGCUGCACGUCAGGAAGAAAAGGCUGCAGCACGAGUGGGGGCUGCCUCUCAUCGUCCAGAAAUCCAUGCGGGGCCUAAUGGCGGCUCCCCCCCGCCCCGGCCAGCCCAAGGCCCCUCCGCCGGCCGACGGGGACGUGACCUUUCUCCAGGCCGAGCUGUCCUUCCUCAGCGAGGGCAGCAGACGAGAGCUGGAGCUCAGCCUCCGCAAGAGACUCAUGCACCGGCGCUGGGGGCUGCCCAGGAGGAUCCAGGAGUCGGUGCGGCUGCUCCAACCUACUUCAGCGCGCGCGGAGCUUGAGCCCCACGGCCCUGCGGAAAAGGAUGCAGAGGGACCUUUCCUGCUGCCCUGGCACAAGAGCACCGUGCACCUGGAGCGGAGCGUGGGGAAAGCCAGGAGAGUGGUCGCUGCUCCCGGCCCGCGGCUCAGCCUGGGACGUGAUGCUCAGGAGCGGCUGCAGCUCCACGUGGCAAAGAAAUGUGUGGAGACCCGGCUGGGGGCCAUCCCCGCUGCAGUGAGACGCUCCUGGCAAAGGCUGCAUCUCGUGUCCCGGCUGCCCCUCCCCAAGCUGAUCCCUGCUGGGGACAGGGCCCCGAAAGCCAGGAACCCCCUGCUUCCCUUCGUACACCCGGAGGAC